AUGGAGACCGACGACACAGCGCCAGCUCAAGACACCCAUGCCGACGGGGACAACAAUAACAACCAAGCCCAAGCAUCCGAACCACAAGCAUCAGCACCAGCACCAGCACCAGCAGCGCCAGUCGUCCCCGGCCCCCGUGCAACUCGGUUCCAAGAGCUCUACGCGCAAAGCUUGAAGCGCACGCUGGGCAAGCUGAAAUGGGACAACUUCGCGGCUUGUUACCCGACGGUGGCGAAGAAGGCGGAGCCGGUGCUGAAGCAGGUCCAGACGCAGAUGGCGGACAAGUUGGCGGAGAAAUGCGAGAGAGAAUUCGAAAGCAUCCUCAUUGCGAGGCAAGUCGUGCCGAAGCUAAACGACCUCGAAAGCCUCGUCGCAGACGCCACCCACCGACGCUUAUCAUCAGCGCCCGACGCUCCUAAACCAACUCCACCCCAUCUCCUCCCCGCCAAAGACAUCCUCUCCGCCCAUCUCGCCCCCUCUCUCGCCUCCCACCAAUCCCUCCUCAACGCCAAGCUUCAGACCGCCCAGUCCCACAACGCCAUCCUUUACGAGCAGAUCCGCAACCAGCGCGCCGAGAUCGAGGCGCUGCUCGACUCGCUAGAGGCCGCCGUCGGGGACGUCAAGAGCGCGAACGCGGCGCUGGCGCCUGUCGUGGACCAGCUGGCUGCGGAGGCGAGGGAGGUGGACAAGGCUGUUUCGGAGUGA